AUUAGACUUGAAGGUAUAGGAAUAUCUGUGAUUAAUAAACGAAUGCAGGAAUUAUUAUAUGCUUUCAUGCGUGGUUUGGAAUUUAAAUAUAGCGAUUCUACACUUUAUCAAUCCAUCAAUUUUGUUGUAAAAUGGUUACAGAUCGAUAAUCAACUUUAUGGAGGACUUUAUCCAAUAAUAUUAUAUCCAACAGUUGUCCCGAAAGAUUCCAAAGAAAUUGAAGUUCAUCCUGCUUUUCAUACAUCUCUUAUUAAAGCAAAAGAUGAAUCUCACGGAGUUACCUACAUUAAAUAUUUCUCUAUCUUAUUACAAGAAAUGACAUUUGAAAUUGAUGAAGAUUUUCUGUUUUCAUUACUCGAAUUUACGAAAAUUCAAGGACCCGGUACAGAAGAAGAAGCUGAAGACCGACCACUUAUUGAAGGUACCUCUGAUAUUCCUGAACCCAAGUCUGCAGAGGGUGAUAACCAAUUAUACUUCGAAGUAUUACAUAUACACCCAAUGAAACUUAAUAUAUCAUUCGUUCGAACAGAGAGGAUUAAUGUCGAAAACAA